GAGUGCGUAGAAGGCGUCAGAAAACCCUCAAUUUCUAACUUGCAUCUUGCAGGACCUUCUCUGAGCCCCAAUCCAAAGGAAAACUUCUGCAAGCAAGUAAACACCGACUGGGAGAGAGAGAGAGAGAGAGAGAGAGAGAGUCAGCCCCAGCAGCUGACAGCACAGACCCAGGCGAUCUGCCGCUGCUCUCUAUGACUACCGAUCACACCAUUCGCAUAAAAAGCUUCGGAAAUAUAGGCUGUUGAUAUUUUUUUUUUCUUUUUUUUUAUAUUAUAUAUUAUAGACACCUAAAGAGAAAGAGAGAGAGGAGAGAAAUCUUAAGCCAUGUCGUAUCCUCAGGGCUACUUAUAUCAACCUUCAGCUUCUUUGGCUCUUUAUUCGUGUCCAGCCUACACUACGAGCGUCAUAUCGGGACCCAGGACGGAUGAACUUGGGAGAUCUUCCUCGGGCUCUGCUUUCAGCCCUUACGCCGGAUCUACAGCCUUCACAGCCGCCUCCCCGGGUUACAACAGCCACCUCCAGUACGGUACAGACCCGACCGCUGCCUUCACUUCCUACGUGGGCUCUCCCUACGAUCACUCCACGGGAAUGGCCGGAUCUAUCGGAUACCACCCCUACACAGCUCCUUUGGGCUCUUACCCCUAUGGCGAUCCAGCCUACCGAAAAAAUGCCACCAGAGACGCGACUGCCACUCUCAAAGCCUGGCUCAACGAGCACAGGAAGAACCCCUACCCCACCAAAGGCGAGAAGAUCAUGUUGGCCAUCAUCACCAAAAUGACCCUGACUCAAGUGUCCACCUGGUUCGCCAACGCCAGGAGGAGGUUGAAGAAGGAGAACAAGAUGACCUGGACCCCGAGGAACAGGAGCGAAGACGAGGAGGAAGAGGAGAACAUCGACCUGGAGAAGAACGACGACGACGAGCCGCACAAAUCGUUGGAGAAGGGCCACUCGUCGGAAGCCGAGUCAGGAGAUCAGAAGAGCCACCUGGUCGAAACUCCUUGCGAAAGAUUCGAAGAUGAAGACGAUCCGAGUGGCAAAGAGAGUGAAAACAUCACGAGCGAUUCGGAGUUAAAACACCCCGAAGAAAGGGAGACCUCACGCUCGCCCAAAGCCACCACUUCUGCUUCUUCUUCUUCUUCUUCUUCUGCUUCCAGUUCUACUUCGACUUCUUCUUCAUCUUCUUCUACUUCGUCCUCCACCACCACCUCCUCCACCGUCUCCUCCACCAUCUCCUCCUCCUCCUCCUCCUCCUCGCUGCUGCUGCUGGUGCCUCACGGAGCUGAGCUCUCGCAGGAGAGCCACGACCCCCGAGUGGAAAACGCACAUACAAAGCCGAGUCGCUCCCUGACUCACGGCACCGGCUCCGGCCACGCGACCUCGGUCAUCCAUUCCACCCCGACGGCGGCAACGGGGCCAACGGGGCCAACGGGGACGGUCGCCUCCAAGCCCAAGCUCUGGUCACUGGCCGAGAUCGCCACCUCGGACAAGUCGAAAGAACAGAACGAGCCCCCGCAGGGUGUGUGCCCGGGCCAGGGCUGCGCCGCGCCGGCCAGCGCCUCGUCCCCGUCCCGCUCCCCCUGCCCGUACCCGAGCAGCGCCGUGUUGGCUCGGCCUCUCUACUACACCUCGCCCUUCUACACCGGCUACACGAACUAUGGCAGCUUCGGGCACCUCCACGGCCACAGCCACAGCCACAGCCACAGCCACGGCGGUGCCCCCACGCAUUUCCCUUCCAAUGGAUUAAGUCAGACUGUCUUAAACCGAGUAGAGACUCUGGUCAAACUCAGUCCCGAGAUUAAAACAAAGAGCCCGACACAAAUAGAUCAUUGCAAGGACACGUCGCCUUUUGAUUUGAAGAAAGGUAUGUCGACUAUUUAAUAUUGGUUCCUCCGUCGAAUCUCUUGGACACUAUUUAUUAUUUUCCGUGGCAAAUUAUUUUUCCUUCCCCACUCCCUCCC